AUGGCCAAGAAGCGGAUUGCAAUCAUUGGAGCUGGAAUCAGUGGGCUGGGUGCCAUUAAGUGCUGCUUGGAAGAAGAUUUAGAGCCCACCUGUUUUGAAAGAAAUGAUGACAUUGGAGGUCUCUGGAAAUUUCAAAAAUACACUUCAGAGAAAAUGCCUAGUAUCUACAAAUCUGUGACCAUCAAUACUUCCAAGGAGAUGAUGUGUUUCAGUGACUUCCCUAUACCUGACCAUUUUCCCAACUACAUGCACAACUCCAAGAUCAUGGACUACUUUCAGAUGUAUGCCAAACACUUUGGCCUUUUGAGCUACAUUUGUUUUAAGACCAGAGUGCGGAGUGUGAAGAAGCAUGCGGAUUUUUCUUUCAAUGGAAAAUGGGAUAUUGUUGUGGAAAGGGAUGGGAAGCACGAGACUCUGGUCUUUGAUGGGAUUUUGGUCUGCAGUGGACAUCACACAGACCCCUACUUACCGCUUCAGUCCUUCCCAGGCAUUGAAAAAUUUAAAGGCUGUUAUUUUCACAGUCGGGAAUACAAAACUCCUGAAGAAUUUUCAGAAAAGAGAAUCAUUGUGGUUGGCAUUGGGAAUUCUGGAGUAGACAUCGCAGUGGAACUCAGUCGUGUAGCCAAACAGGUAUUUCUUAGCACUAGACGAGGAGCGUGGAUCUUACACCGUGUUUGGGACAAUGGAUAUCCCAUGGAUAGUUCAUUUUUUACUCGGUUCAAUAGUUUCCUGCAUAAGAUAUUCACUACAUCCUUCAUAAAUAAUCACCUAGAGAAGAUCUUGAAUUCACGAUUCAAUCAUGCACUGUAUGGCCUGAAGCCUCAGCACAGACCUUUAAGCCAGCACCCAACAAUCAGUGAUGACCUGCCCAACAACAUCAUUUCUGGGAAAGUCCAAGUGAAGCCCAACGUGACCGAGUUCACUGAAACAGAUGCCAUUUUUGAGGACGGCACUGUCGAGGAGAAUAUUGAUGUGGUUGUCUUUGCCACAGGAUACAGUUUCUCUUUUCCUUUCCUCGAUAGUUUGGUGAAGGUUAACAAUAAUGAAGUGUCCCUGUAUAAACUUAUGUUCCCACCUGACCUGGAGAAGCCGACGCUGGCCAUCAUUGGUCUCAUCCAGCCACUGGGCAUCGUCCUCCCUAUUGCAGAACUCCAGGCACGCUGGGCUGUGCGAGUGUUCAAAGGGCUGAGCAAUUUGCCCCCAAUGAAGAUCAUGAUGGCAGACAUUGCCCAGAGGAAAAAGGACAUGGAAAAAAGGUAUGUGAAGACCCCCCGCCACACCAUCCAGGUGGAUCACAUUGAGUACAUGGAUGAGAUCGCCAUCCUGAUGGGAGUGAAGCCCAACCUGCCCCUUCUCUUUCUUUCAGAUCCAAAGUUAGCCAUGGAGGUUUUCUUUGGUCCCUGCACCCCAUACCAAUACCGCCUACAGGGGCCAGGGAAAUGGGAUGGGGCACGACGAGCCAUCCUGACCCAGAGAGAACGCAUCACCAAACCCCUCAAGACUCGAGUCACUAGUGAGGACUGCCACUCAUCCUCACUGCUUUCUUGGAGAAAGAUGAUGCCAAUUAGCCUGGCAUUUCUGACUGCUGCCUUCACAUACUUCAGAUAUAUUCAUCAGUUUAGACAGAAGUGAAUCCAUGAGUGAGCGUGGGAAGAAAGAAAAAUCAUGUAUUAGCUUUCCACUCCUCCUAAAUCAUCUUAAUCCCUUAGCUUUCAACUCAGCUUUUUGCUAACACAUACUGUAGGCAGCAGCAGACAAUGUGCUCAGACCUCUAUCACCCACACAGGAGACUUGGACUGAGUUCCUGGCUCCUGUCUUUGGCCUGGCCAACUCUAUCUGUUGCAACCAUUUAGGGAGUAAACCACUAGAUAAUAAAUCUCCCUUACCCUACUCAACCCUUUUAAAUAAAACUGAAAAUAAACAAAUUCGAAAAAAAAUUUUUUGAAGAAUGACUUAGACAUAUUUUUAAAUAACAAAAUGUUUAGACAGACUUUACAAAUAAAUCAGCCCCUUAAAAAUGGUUCCUGGAACUAAGUGGGAGACCCAAAAGAACCACCUGGUACCCAGCU